AUGCCUGGGAACGAGAGGGUUUCUCGUCUCUUGAAGGAGAUCAUUCAAAAACCAGGGAACGACGCUUGCGCAGACUGUGGCGCGCCUGGUAAGUUGAAAUUGGCUAAUGAUGUUAUUAUAGCUUUGCUGAAAAGAACCUUCUAGCCUAGAAAUUCUAGGUGAGAGAGGGUGGGAGUUGGCAUGCAACAGGCGCUGACAUGUAUAGGUAGAAAAAUACCUUUAGUCUACUUUAGGCCUAGUUGAGUUACUCUGGGAAAUUUAGUAGCAGAAUAGGCGUACUUGCAUUUUAGAUCGACUUUUCAUUGUAGCCUAACGUGAACCAGAAUCUGGCUUUCCACGAGACAUUGGUUCAGCCUAAUGGUGCAAAAAGUAAGCAUAUUGUUUCCAAAAGUAUGUAUUUCUGUGGGCUUCAGUCUUCAACGUGGUCUCAUAGAAUUUAAAAUUAUUCUAUAUGUAAAUCAGAAACACCAUUUAGUAUGAUAUGUUAUGUAUUAAUAUAAUUGGUCAUUUAGCAGACGCUCUUAUCCAGAGCGACUUACAGGAGCAAUUAGGGUUAAGUGCCUUGCUCAAGGGCACAUCGACAGAUUUUUCACCUAGUCGGCUCGGGGAUUAGAACCAGCGACCUUUCGGUUACUGGCACAACGCUCUUAACCACUAAGCUACCUGCCGCCCAAUAUGUAUUAAUUUGUGGACGUCCCCAUCAUCCAUUUCGUAUGAUAUGUUACGAAUUGCAAUUCGUACAAUAUGUUCUGAAAUGCAAUUCAUACAAUAUGUUACGAAUUUGAAAAAAUACAAUAUGUUACGCAUUUGCUAAACUUAUGACAUGUUACGAAUUCCAAUUUGUUGUGGCUAACGUUAGCUAGGUGGCUAACGCUAGUGUUAGUUAGCUCAAGGGUUUACGCCUUGAUCACAGCGAUAGGGUUAUUGUGCAAAAUAGUAUGCAUCAUCAUCAUCUGUAUAUGUAUGGAACAAAAGUUCAACAUUCACAUUCUGCUACCAUAUCUGUCAAGCCGUCUAGGCAUACAGUUUGACGCAUAUGUUCGAUAAAUCAUUUUUAUGCACCACACAGAAUGCACUGCAACAGCCUCUGCAACGCAAUGCUGCAAGGCAAACGCAGCGUUCCAUUGGAAAUUAAUCUACUUCUGGUGUACCAAAAUGCAAUGAAGUUGUCAGUGUGAUCGAAGAGUUAGGGGUUAAGGUUAGUAGGGCCGGCCCGCUCAUUAGGCAGGAUUAGGUGGCCGCCUAUGGCGGCAGAUUGACGAGUGCGGCAUUUUCUGAGGUAAACUGACCAAGACUCACCUCCAACAACACAUAAAACGUGACAUAAUUCUGCCCAAAAACAAUGACAUAUGCCAACCAGUGGCAUAAUUUUUUUAAUUUUUUUAUGUGAGCGCUGAUGCAUCCCUGUGAUAAGCAGUGCCCACUUUGUCAAAUGCAGGGAGGCAAGGUGUGCUUUUGGAGAGACGCAUUGAUGCGGCGCUCCACCAACAUUCCGUCAAAGAAAUCAUCUAACAUAAGUCAUGUAACAGAUAUAGCCUACGGUAGAAAGAGUAUGUGGCCUUUUCUAUCGCCUACAGGCUGGAGAUAAAAUGUAUGACAAAGUAAUGAGAUGGAAACCUUUUACAUCAUGCAGGUUUCUCCGAUCAAAUAGCCUAACAUAAAUGGCGCCCAAUCAAAUAAAAAAUGCGCUGACAUGUUAACAAACAACAUAUCCUAAAAACAGGACAGGUCGAAGUAAAAUGGACAAUAUGGAAUGGACAAUCAGGCUACUCACAACUGCGGGCCAAGAGUUUUAUCCCUUAGGCUAAAUUGUCAUGACGCCAUGUCGUCCAAAAAGUUAUACUUUUGAAUCAUCUGUCCAUUGAACGUUCUUCCAAGAGUCUUGAUGAUCAUCCAGGUGCUUUUUGACAAACUUGAGUCAACUUUUUGGACGAGAUGGGUCCCAUUAUGCCUGGCGAAAACCAAACACUGCAUUCCACAGUAAGAACAUCAUACCAAAGGUCAAGCAUGGUGGUGGUGGUGUGAUGGUUUGGGGAUGCUUUGCUGCCUCAGGACCUGGACGACUUGCCUUAAUAGAAGGAACCAUGAAUUCUGCUCUGUAUCAGAGAAUUCUACAGGAGAAUGUCAGACCAUCCGUCUGUGAGCUGAAGCUGAAGCGCAGCUGGGUCAUGCAGCAAGACAAUGAUCCAAAACACACAAUCAAGUCUACAUGAAAAUUGCUAAAAAGCAACAAAUUGGAAGUUUUGGAAUGGCCUAGUCAAAGUCCAGACCUAAUCCCAAUUGAGAUGUUGUGGCAGGACUUGAAACGAGCAGUUCAUGCUUGAAAACCCACACGUCACUGAGUUAAAGCAGUUCUGCAUGGAAGAGUGGGCCAAAAUUCCUCCACAGCGACGUGAGAGACUGAUCAACAACUACAGGAAGCAUUUGGUUGGGGUCAUUGCAGCUAAAGGUGGCACAACCAGUUACUGAGUGUAAGGGGGAAAUUACUUUUUCACACAGGGGAAUUGGGUGUUGCAUAACUUUGUUUAUGAAAUAAAUAUGUAAUUGUUGUGUUAUUUGUUCACUUAUGUUCCCUUUAUCUAAUAUUAGGUUUUGGUUAAAGAUCUAAUAACAUGCAGUAUCACAAAUAUGCAAAAGUAGAGAAAAUUAGAAAGGGGGAAAAUACUUUUUCAUUGCACUGUAUAUAUGACGUCUUUUCAACUUUCAUUCAGAACCGAAAAUUAACCUGAUUUCAACGUCUGGAAAAUAUGUAUUUUCAACGUCCGGAAAAUACGUAUUUUCUAACUUCAUUCAGAACUGAAAAUGAACCUGAUUUUAACAUACGUCUUUUCACCUUUCAUUCAGAAUUUGAAUUGAACCUAGGGUGGCAGGUAGCUUAGUGGUUAAGAGUGUUGUACUAGUAACUGAAAGGUCGCUGGUUCUAAUCCCUGAGCUGUCUAGGUGAAAGGCCCUUGAGCAAGGCACUUAAACCUAAUUGCUCCUGUAAGGCGCUCUGGAUAAGAGCAACUGCUAAAUGACCAAUAAAAAAUAAACAUCUGGAAAAUACAGAUUUUGGAUGUCUUUUCAACAUAAUUUUGCUUACUGGGACUAUUCUAGUAGGUGCAGAAUUGUUUUUGUCUUGCCUUGGGCAGUAGAAUGGCCAGGACCAGCCCUGAUUAGGAAUUAGGUUAAAGGUUAGGGUUAGCUAAAAGGGUUAGGUUUAUCUCCGUGAUGAGAUUCGAACAUGCAACCUUUGAGUUGCUAGACUUUCGCGUUAUACACUUACCCAUCCACCCCAACCAACCAGCAACACUCCCUUUGUUAUGUAACCAUACCAAAUGUAACAUAUCAUACUAAUUUGAGUGUCCCGGAUUUACGUCUAGUCUAUGAGACCAGUCUAUAUCUUGUAUUGAACAAGUUUUUAAGUUUUAAUGUCACAUGCGCAAGUACAGUGAAAGGCAUUUCUUGCUAGCUCUAACCCCAACUAUGCAGUAAUCAAUAACAAUGUAAUACUAAAAAUAACAAGGUAGAACAAAAACACACAACAUAAAUAAGAAAAACACGAUAAAGUAAGCAUACUAUAUACAGGGUCAGUUCCAGUACCAUAUUUACAAUGUGCAGGGAUACUGGAUCGAUAAGAGGUAGAUACUGUAUGUAUAGGGGAAAGGUGACUAGGCAUCAGGAUAUAUGAUUAACAGAGUAGCAGCAGCGUAUAUUAUUGUAUGUGAGUGGGUGUGUGUAGUCAGUAUAAAUGUGUGUGUGAGCAAAUGAUAGUGAGUGUUUGUGUGUGUGUUUGAGUAUCAGUGUGUGUAGUGGGUAGGGUCCUGUGAGUGUGCAUAGAGACAGUGCAAAAAUAAGAAUAAAAUACAAAGGUCAACUCAGAUAGUCUGUGUAGCCAUUUUGUUAGCUAUUUAGUUAGCUAUUUAGCAUUCUUAUGGCAUGGGGAUAGAAGAAUGGAGUGUUUCGGAUGCUGGGCAGAUGCUGGAUACUACAGUAGUCCCUAGACAAAACAUGUACUGACUAGACUAAUAAAUUAAUAUUGGCAUAUCAUCUUCCAAAUCACUCUUGAAGUCACUCAUACAAUCUCAUUUAUGUAUGGGGAAUAGGCCAGUUUAGUACCUAAAGGUACCAAUACACGGGGCAAUACCAUGCAUUUUUAAGUAGAUUAAAAUCUUUUUACAAAAUCUUUUCCCCCACAGUUUGAAAUGAGUGUUGGUUAUUCAGGCACAUCUAGAUUUGAAACAUGCCUACUCAGGACUCCAGAUAUUAUCAUGUCAUUAUCAGAAUUAAACUAAGUUUGAUUUGAAAGGGAAUUCCAUUCUGAUGAUGAUGUGAUUCAACAGUAAGCCAUUCUGUAGCGUAACACUACUGUAGGCUACUAGAUAAUUUACAACAGAAUAGGCCUCUAGACCCAGGCCUACUGCGGAAUGUAGAACAAUGCAGGGAUUCUUAUGUGGCCUACAGGCCCACCUUUUGUCACACUGACUGAGGUUGUCAUAGGAGAUAAGACAGUGUAGAAGGUUAAAGAUACACACACACACACACACACACACACACUCCGUGGGUUGGUAGCUGGCCCUACACCAGUGUGUGUCAGGUAGAUAUGAUAGGUGUGGUCAAGCUAAAGUAAACACAGGCAUGAGCCAAUCGAGGGCGAGGGGAGACAUUCAGUAGAAAUGUUAAAGCAAGAUAAAGGUUUCUCUUCCCUGACUGCCUGCAUAUCUGCUCUGAAGUUAUGUGGUCCCUCACGUUGUACUGAGUUGUAGUGUGGUAUGUACACUACCGUUCACUACCGUUUGGGGUCACUUAGACAUUUCCUUGUUUUCAGAAGAAAGUUAUUUGUUUCUGGCCAUUUUGAGCCUGUAAUCGAACCCACAAUUGCUGAUGCUCCAGAUACUCAACUAGUCUCAAGAAGGCCAGUUUUAUUGCUUAUUUAAACAGCACAACAGUUUUCAGCUGUGCUAACAUAAAGGGUUUUCUAAUGAUCAAUUAGCCUUUUAAAAUGAUAAACUUGGAUUAGCAAACACAACGUGCCAUUGGAACAAAGGACUGAUGGUUACUGAUAAUGGGCCUCUGUACGCCUAUGUAGAUUUUCCAUUAAAAAUCAGCCGUUUCCAGCUACAAUAGCCAUUUACAACAUUAACAAUGUCUACACUGUAUUUCUGAUCAAUUUGAUGUUAUUUUAAUGGACAAAAAAAAUGCUUUUCUUUCGAAAACAAGGACAAUUCUAAGUGACCCCAAACUAUUGAACAGUAGUGUAGUUGUACAUCUUAGACACCUUAUUAUUGGAUAUUUACAGAAAAUCUGCUCCUUGCUCAAGAGGACAAAGGUCAAAGCAAGCAUUCCAAUCGUUUCUAUGUGAAAUGUAGAUUUUUCUAAAGGUUUUCCAUUUGAUCUAGUACAACAAACUCCCAAUGAAACCACAUGCCUCUCUCUGUUGUACUCUGUUCUUCCUCUUCAUCUCUCUCCCUCCUUGCCUCCAUCCAUCCAUCCAUCAGAUCCUAGUUGGGGCUCCUGUUCCCUAGGAGUGUUCAUCUGUGUUCAAUGUUCCGGGAUCCACAGGAAUAUUCCUGACAUCGGAAUGAAGGUGAAAUCCCUCAGCCUCUCCCGCUGGGAAGACCAGGAAGUAGAGGUGAGCUGCUUUCCAAAAUUCCCCAAAACGGGAAUAUUUGCUAACAUACAUUUCUUCAAAUCCAAUCAGCUCUGGGUUCAAUACUAUUUUAAAUAAUUUCAAAUACUUUAUCUGUGCUUGAUCGAGCUUGCCUGACGUAACAGACCGAUAGAGUCAUCCCAGGUCUGAAUCCAUGACUGUACAUAGUCAUCCCAGAUCUGAAUCCAUGACUGUACAUAGUCAUUUAUGACUGAGUCAUAACUCAGUGAUGAACUUUAUAUGAAUAUGAAAUGUUUUCAGACAGGCUUUGUUCCAUCCAUCCUCUGUCUGAAGAAUAGGGCAUUAUCCUAUAGCAAAUGAAUGGUUAUGCUGCAUAUAUCACAUUCAAAACAAUCCACUCAAAAGUUGGAAUUGUCUGUGUCUAGCUGAUACAUGGUAUGACACAUGCAAUCAUGACUCACCCGCCCCUCUGUUCUGUCUCUCUCAACUUCUCUCUUUCUUUGCGUUUGGGUGGGUGUGUUACAGUUCAUGGCGGAGAACGGGAACGGAUUGAUGAAGCAUAAAUAUGAGGCGGUGGUUCCUGUCUACUACUACAAACCUACCCACAAAGACUGCCAGUAAGUGUGUCUGUGCGUGCGUGUGUGUGUGGUGACCAUGGCAACGUGACCAUUGUAAUAAUGACAUUGUGAUGAGGGGGAUAUUUUUGGGGACUCAUGGCAAAGAGGCACUGGCUAAGGCAGGAUACUGAAAGGAACACAUGCACACACACACACACACACACACACACACACACACACACACACACACACACACUGUCUAUUCUCUAUCAUGAUAAAACCAUUAGAAAGACAUUAGGAUGAAGUGCACUUUGCCCAUGGAAUUAUAUACGGCUGGGUAUAACCUUAUAAUAUGAUCCAUAAUAAGAUCAUAACUUGAUAUCCUAUAAUGUUUAAUGUGUAGAAUAGAGGAAUCAUCGAGUUUCAGUCAUGUGUUUUAGACUAGUCAUAGGAUAUGUUUCCUUGUUCAUUAGUUCAACUAUUUCCUCGCUUUCUCUAUCUGUCUAUUUCUCUCUCUCUCAUUCUCUCUCAUUCUCUCUCUCUCUCAUUCUCUAUCUCUCUCUCUCUCUCUCAUUCUCUCUCAUUCUCCUCUCUCAUCUCUAUCUCUCUCUCAUGCUCUCUCUCUCAUUUCUCUACUCUCUCUCUCUUCUCUCUCUCAUUCUCCUCUCUCACCCCCUCUCAUUCUCUUCUUCUCUCUCUUCUCUCUCUCUUCUCAUUCCUCUCCUCUCUCAUUCUCUCUCUCGCUCUCAGUCCGUUCUCCUCUCUCUCAUUCGCUCUCUCUAUUCUCUCUCUCCUUAUCUCUCUUCUCUUUGCUCUCUCUCAUUCUCUCUCUCUCCGCUUUAUCUCUCUCUCUCUUUCUCUCUCCUCUCAUUCUCUCUCUCUCUCUCUCUCUCAUUAUCUGUCCGUCCUCUCGUCUCUCUGCUCUCUUCUCUGCUCCUGCUCUCUCUCUCUCUCUGCUCCUCUCUCUCUCUCGUCUCCUCUCUCUCUCUCUGUAAGGUCUGAGAAAUAGUGAGAUAACAGUCUUAGGUGUUAGUGUGUUUAUUGUUUUGGCCCCUUUCUCAUCAUAACAACAGGGUUGAGAGAAAAAACGUUCUCCGCUGUUAUGUGGCAGGUAAUCACGGAACUAUCUUAAAUCCUUAUGUUAUGUUUUAAUUAACGUCAGAGAUACUUGAUGUUUUCUGUGUGUUUGAUGGUUUGUUUGUAUGCUUGCCGUGUGUUGUUGACUGUCAAGUGUUUAUCUCAUGCUAGGAUCAAUGGCUUGUCUCAUCGUUUCUGUCACGCCCUGGCUCUGGGGACUCUAGUAUGUUGAGCCAGGGUGUGAGUUUUCAUUUGUUUUUGUUCUAGUUUUGUAUUUCUAUGUUGGCCAGUGUGGUUCUCAAUCAGAGGCAACGUGUAUCAGCUGUUGCUUGUUGUCUCUGAUUGGGAACCAUACUUAAGCAGCCAGUUUUCCCGCAGUGUUUGUGGGAUCUUGUUCCAGUGUGGUUUGUGCUAGACCGAGGACGUCACGUUAUCGUUUUUGUUCGUGUUAUCAUUAUUUAAUAAAUAUGUUCACCUUUCACGCUGCGCCUUGGUCCUCUCUUCCCGCCGAUUCGUGACAGAAGAUCCCACCAACACUGGAGCAAGCAGCGUGUCCAGGAGCCAGCGCCAGAGGUAUCGCUAAGGGACAUCAACCUCGGCUGGGCCUGGCCCACGGGGAGGAGAGACCCCCAGAAAUUUUUUAGGGGGGGGCUCACGCCGUGGACGACGGGGCAGCAGGAGGCCGCUAUAGAGCGGUCCAGCGGGGUUGCAGAGGAGGCCGCCAGGUUAAGGGGGCCACUGGUCACAGAGGAGAGGGAAAGUGUAGAGGCACGGCGAGAGGUACUGGGGUGUGUUACCGGUCCGGCCCGUUCCUGAUCCCUGCGUAGGGCCAGUGGUGUGUGUCCCCAGUACGGUCCGGCCUGUUCCUGUUCCUCGCAUCGAGCCUGUGGUGCGCGUCGUCAGCCCGGCCCGGCCUGUUCCUGCUCCAAGCACCAAGCCUAUGGUGCGCGUCGUCAGCCCGGCCCGGCCUGUUCCUGCUCCACGCACCAAGCCUAUGGUGCGCAUCGUCAGCCCGGUUCGGCCUGUUCCUGCCUCCCACACCAAGCCUGUGGUGUGCGUCGUCAGUCCGGCACAGCCCGUGCCUGUUCCACCGGUGCCUGGUCCGGCACCGGUCAGCUGCUCCACGUCGGAGAUAGAGCAAUCCGCUCCACCGGUGUUCAGUCCAGCUCCGGCCAGCAGGGUCAGACCGGACCAGGGGUACUUUGGCGGGUUGGAGUGGGAAUCAUGUUCGGAGCCGGAUCCGCCGCCAAGGCGGAGUGCCCACCCGGUCCCUCCCCUGUGGUGUUUGGUUGGCGCGGCCGGAGUCCGCGCCUUUGGGGGGGGGUACUGUCACGCCCUGGCUCUGGGGACUCUAGUAUGUUGAGCCAGGGUGUGAGUUUUCAUUUGUUUUUGUUCUAGUUUUGUAUUUCUAUGUUGGCCAGUGUGGUUCUCAAUCAGAGGCAACGUGUAUCAGCUGUUGCUUGUUGUCUCUGAUUGGGAACCAUACUUAAGCAGCCAGUUUUCCCACAGUGUUUGUGGGAUCUUGUUCCAGUGUGGUUUGUGCUAGACCGAGGACGUCACGUUAUCGUUUGUUGUUUUUGUUCGUGUUAUCAUUAUUUAAUAAAUAUGUUCACCUUUCACGCUGCGCCUUGGUCCUCUCUUCCCGACGAUUCGUGACAGUUUCGCCUCACUAUCGUCUCAUCUUCAUCACGUAAUCAGCAACGCUAAUCCUUUCAUCAGUGUUUCCCAGCAGUCAUCAGACAGCACUCAGCGUGGACACACACAGACACACACACACAUGCGCACACACACGCAUAAACGCACCGACCUCCCAUCUGGUUAUUAUGGAGUCAGUCUGAUUGCAGUACUUGACAUGGGCGGUUGUGUCUGGAGAGAUGGAGGGAGGAGGAGCGAGAGAGAGAGAGAGAGAGGAAAGAGGGAGAGCGCUUCUCUUUGUCUGUGUAGCUGUACACUGAUCCCAGCUCUAAUGUUAAUGACCACUUCACAUUUUCCUUGCUGCCAAAUGUCACAUAUUACACUCGCACACACACACACACACACACACACACACACACACACACACACACACACACACACACACACACACACACUGGGGUGAUAGAAUCCAACCUGAUCUCAUAGUUUCACUUCGGAAUUUGCAGUAAUAUGGAUGAACGUCAAUGUUUUACCCAUUAAUUCCGUGUGGUUACAGGGUUAAAACAGAAACAACUCAAAGGGUUAAGUUUAGGUAUUCAUUCUGAGUGGUUAAGUUUGGGGCUAUGGUUUGGGGAAGGCUUAAAACAACCUCUUCUGGAUAGGACCCUUCAUCUCAAUUUCCACCUAAAAUGACAUACCCAAAUCUAACUGCCUGUAGCUCAGGACCUAAAGCAAGGAUAUGCAUAUUCUUGAUACUAUUUAAAAGGAAACACUUUGAAGUUGGUGGAGAUGUGAAAUGAAUGUAGGAGAACAUAACACAAUAGAUCUGGUAAAAGAUCAAACAAACAAAAAAACAUACAGUACCAGUCAAAAGUUUGGACACACCUAUUCGUUCCAGUUGUUUUUUCUUUAUUUUUACUAUUUUCUACAUUGUAGAAUAAUAGUGAAGACAUCAAAACUAUGAAAUAACACAUAUGGAAUCAUGUAGUAACCAAAAAAGUUACUACAAUAUAUUUUAUAUUUGAGAUUCUUCAAAUAGCCACCCUUUGCCUUGAUGAUAGCUUUGCACACUCUUGGCAUUCUCUCAACCAUCUUCAUGAGAAGUCACCUGGAAUGCAUUUCAAUUAACAGGUGUGCCUUCUUAAAAGUUAAUUUGUGGAAUUUCUUUCCUUCUUAAUGCGUUUGAGCCAAUCAGUUGUGUUGUGACAAGGUAGGGGGUGUAUACAGAAGAUUUGAAAAACCCUUGAAUGAGUGGGUGUGUCCAAACUUUUGACUGGUACUGUAUAUAUAUAUAUAUAUAUAUAUAUAUAUAUAUAUAUAUAGAAAUCAAAUAAAAAUAUCUAAAAUGAAUAUGCAACCAUUUAAACAACUGCAUUAGCAUGAGAAGCAAAAAUGUAUUUUACUUACUGAAUCAAAACUGUGCUCACUCAGAGUCCUCUCCCGGUCAAUUUCUGCAAUAAUCUCAUCCAAAUUUGUCUACUUGGACUUCGAUUUAGCUUUUCCACUCUUAGUAGCCAUGUUUUACUUUUUCAGUUUUUAGAAAAGUUUGUAGACGAGAAUGAACCGCUGCGUAACGUAAACUACAGUUCUUCCUGUUUUCUUUCCCCCUGAGAAUGAACACGGUUGCUCACAAAACGAUAGGUGGUCAUUGGACCAAGACACUGUCAAUCAAGUGAACACCUCUCGUCUCAUUGGUGCGUAAUGAUGGCUGACCUUCAUGGGCUAAUUGACGUGUUGUGUAGCCAAUACGUAAUGUAGAAUGUUGAAACAUGUUUGGUUGCCUUCUAGAGUGUCUGAGGAUUGCACAGAAACCGAACUUGACCGGGUUAAGCAAAGUUUUGCCGAUUAGAUUUCAUAAAUGGUUUUGUUGAAAGAGUCGGAAUUCAUGCAAAACGCUGUAUACAACAUGGAUCGUGCUACAUUUUAUCUCUGGGACCCUCAGGAUGACAAAUCAGAGCAAGAUUACUAAAUGUAAGUACAGUAAUUUACCAUUAAAGGUGAAUGUAUCAAACCAGUUGCCUUGAUAAAAGUGUUUUGUUGUUGUGCCUAUCCUCAAACAAUAGCAUGGUCUUUUUGUUGCUGUAAUAGCUACUGUAAAUUGGACACUGCAGUUAGAUUAACAAUCAUUUAAGCUUUUUGACGAUAUAAGACAUGUCUAUGUCCCGGGAAGUUGGCUGUUGUUUACAACGCCAUUCUAGUCAAAUAUCACAUAUUGAGCAACAACUGUCCCGAUUUCAGGAAACACUGAUCCAGUAGAGGUUUUAAAACAAAAUAAUGCGCUGUUUCCGUCAAGUAUCAUAAAGUACCCUCCCUGCUUGCUAGAGCAUUGUGAACUGCUGUGGUGCAGUGGUCUAAGUAGCGUGCUCUGGUUCUGAGCCUCAUGAGUUCAAGCCCAGGGCUGUGCUGCUGUUUUUUUGGUGAGCACCGAGGAAGGCAUAUAUCAACGUCCUCAGGACCUUUUCAAACGUCUGAAAUAAACAGCUCUUGUAGAAUCAGUCUCAUGAGAGUGGUGGAUAUAAAAGAGCAAGCUGAGAGAGAGAGAGAGAGAGAGAGAGAUGUAAGGGGAAGGAAGAGAGAGAGAGAGAGUUAAGGCCUGACCAUGUUGUACUGCUCUCUCUCUCUCUCUCUCUCUCUCUCGCUCUCUCGCUCUCUCUCUCUCUCUCUCUCUCUCUCUCUCUCUCUCUCAGUUCAGAGGUUUAGAGAAACCCUUGUAUCUCUCUGUCUGCUGGAAGGGGACAAUUAGGCAGCUCUUAGGAAGGACACACAAACACACACACAAACAGACAUCCACGCACACACAGACACUCUCUCUCUCUACACACACAGACCACACACACAACACACUAUUCACAAUGAUCACAUGAUUCACAUGAUCCCUGUGUUUAAAGCAGCUCCACGGAGAAACAGGUGUAGAGGUCAGAGCUAAGCUUAGUUACCACUGUUCUACACCUGUCCUACAGAGAGUAUCUGUUCUACACCUGUCCUACAGAGAGUAUCUGUCCUACACCUGGCCUACAGAGAGUAUCUGUCCUACACCUGGCCUACAGAGAGUAUCUGUUCGACACCUGUCCUACAGAGAGUAUCUGUUCGACACCUGUCCUACAGAGAGUAUCUGUUCGACACCUGUCCUACAGAGAGUAUCUGUUCGACACCUGUCCUACAGAGAGUAUCUGUUCUACACCUGUCCUACAGAGAGUAUCUGUCCUACACCUGUCCUACAGAGAGUAUCUGUUCUAGCCUCUUUCCUCUUUGAGAACUUACAAACACUCACUAAAACACUCACUAAAACACUCACUAUAACACUCACUAUAACACUCACUGUAACACUCACUAUAACACUCACUAAAACACUCACUAUAACACUCACUGUAACACUCACUGUAACACUCACUGUAACACUCACUGUAACACUCACUAUAACACUCACUGUAACACUCACUGUAACACUCACUAUAACACUCACUAUAACACUCACUAUAACACUCACUAUAACACUCACUAUACCACUCACUAAAACACUCACUAUAACACUCACUAAAACACUCACUAAAACACUCACUGUAACACUCACUGUAACACUCACUGUAACACUCACUAUAACACUCACUAUAACACUCACUGUAACACUCACUGUAACACUCACUAAAACACUCACUAAAACACUCACUAAAACACUCACUGUAACACUCACUGUAACACUCACUGUAACACUCACUAUAACACUCACUAUAACACUCACUGUAACACUCACUGUAACACUCACUAUAACACUCACUAUAACACUCACUGUAACACUCACUAUAACACUCACUAUAACACUCACUAUAACACUCACAAAAACACUCACUAUAACACACUCUGUUCUGCUGUUGUCACAAUGACAAUAAUUAGUUAAUAUACGUUUUGUGUAGAGAUUUCAUAUAUUUUGAUUUUGAGAUGUUUUCCUGGUUUCUAAUUGUGUGUGUGUGUGUGUGUGUGUGUGUGUGUGUGUGUGUGUGUGUGUGUGUGUGUGUGUGUGUGUGUGUGUGUGUGUGUGUGUGUGUGUGUGCGUGUGUCCAGGGUCCUGAGGGAGCAGUGGAUCAGAGCGAAGUAUGAGAGGAAAGAGUUUACAGGCGAAGGGAAGAAACUGACCUAUGAGGAGGGUGAGGACACACAUAUUACGCAAACACACACACUCUCAUGCUCACAUACACACACACAUACGCAUGCAAACAUGCAUGCACGCACACACACACAGACAUGCACUGAUGAAAAGCUUGUCACUGUGUCACUGACAGGAACGAGGGAUGGAAUGUUGAUGAAAAGGGGGCGGGACAACGGCCAGUUCCUCAACCGACGAUUUGUUCUCUCAGAAAGAGAGGGGACACUGAAGUACUUCACCAAGUAUGAUGUAAGUCAGACUAUUUACUGCUGUCUCCCUCUCACACACUCUCCCUUCAACAUAUAAUCAUACAAAUACUGAGACAAACACUUUUAGCUUUGAUAUUAUUCUGCAGCCUGCCCUACCCUGUUGGGCACACACACACAACACACACAACACACACUUUCCUAACCAAUGAGUCACAGGAAGAUCUGCCACGUUACAAUACAGCAAGUUCAGACAAUAAACAACUCUCUCUCUCUCUCUCUCUCUCUCUCUCUCUCUCUCUCUCUCUCUCUCUCUCUCUCUCUCUCUGUCUCUGUCUCUGUCUCUGUCUCUGUCUCUCUCUGUCUCUGUCUCUGUCUCUGUCUCUGUCUCUGUCUCAAUUCAAUUCAAUUUCAAUUUAAGGGCUUUAUUGGCAUGGGAAACGUGUGUUAACAUUGCCAAAGCAAGGGAAGUAGAUAGUAAACAAAAGUGAAAUAAACAAUAAAUAUUAACAGUAAACAUUACACUCAGAAGUUUCAAAAGAAUAAAGACAUUUCAAAUGUCAUAUUAUGUAUAUAUACAGUGUUGUAACAAUGUGCAAAUAGUUAAAGUACAAAUGGGAAAAUAAAUAAACAUAAAUAUGGGUUGUAUUUACAAUGGUGUUUGUUCUUCACUGGUUGCCCUUUUCUUGUGGCAACAGGUCACAAAUCGUGCAGCUGUGAUGGCACACUGUGGUUUUUCACCCAGUAGAUAAGGCAGUUUAUCAAAAUUGGGUUUGUUUUCGAAUUCUUUGUGGAUCGCUGUAAUCUGAGGGAAAUAUGUGUCUCUAAUAUGGUCAUACAUUUGGCAGGAGGUUAGGAAGUGCAGCUCAGUUUCCACCUCAUUUUGUGGGCAGUGUGCACAUAGCCUGUCUUCUCUUGAGAGCCAGGUCUGCCUACGGCGGCCUUUCUCAAUAGCAAGGCUAUGCUCACUGAGUCUGUACAUAGUCAAAGCUUUCCUUAAGUUUGGGUCAGUCACAGUGGUCAGGUAUUCUGCCACUGUGUACUCUCUGUUUAGGGCCAAAUAGCAUUCUAGUUUGCUGUGUUUUUUUGUUUGUUCUUUCCAAUGUGUCAAGUAAUUCUCUUUUUGUUUUCUCAUGAUUUGGUUGGGUCUAAUUGUGUUGUGGUUGUUGUUGUUGUCCUGGGGCUGUGUGGGGUCUGUGUUUGUGAACAGAGGCCCAGGACAAGCUUACUUAGGGGACUCUUCUCCAAGUUCAUCUCUCUGUAGGUGAUGGCUUUGUUAUGGAAGGUUUGGGAAUCGCUUCCUUUUAAGUGGUUAUAGAAUUUAACGGCUCUUUUCUGGAUUUUGAUAAUUAGCGGGUAUUGGCCUAAUUCUGCUCUGCAUGCAUUAUUUGGUGUUUUACGUUGUACACGGAGGAUGUUUUUGCAGAAUUCUGCAUGCAGAGUCUCAAUUUGGUGUUUGUCCCAUUUUGUGAAUUAUUGGUUGGUGAGCGGACCCCAGACCUCAGAACCAUAAAGGGCAAUGGGUUCUAUAACUGAUUCAAGUAUUUUUAGCCAGAUCCUAAUUGGUAUGUCAAAUUUUAUGUUCCUUUUGAUGGCAUAGAAGGCCCUUCUUGCCUUGUCUCUCAGAUCGUUCACAGCUUUGUGGAAGUUACCUGUGGCGCUGAUGUUUAGGCCGAGGUAUGUAUAGUUUUUUGUGUGCUCUAGGGCAACGGUGUCUAGAUGGAAUUUGUAUUUGUGGUCCUGGCAACUGGACCUUUUUUGGAACACCAUUAUUUUUGUCUUACUGAGAUUUACUGUCAGGGCCCAGGUCUGACAGAAUCUGUGCAGAAGAUCUAGGUGCUGCUGUAGGCCCUCCUUGGUUGGUGACAGAAGCACCAGAUCAUCAGCAAACAGAAGACAUUUGACUUCAGAUUCUAGUAGGGUGAGGCCGGGUGCUGCAGACUGUUCUAGUGCCCUCGCCAAUUCAUUGAUAUAUAUGUUGAAGAGGGUGGGGCUUAAACUGCAUCCCUGUCUCACCCCACGGCCCUGUGGAAAGAAAUGUGUGUGUUUUUUGCCAAUUUUAACCGCACACUUGUUGUUUGUGUACAUGGAUUUUAUAAUGUCGUAUGUUUUUCCCCCAACCCCACUUUCCAUCAAUUUGUAUAGCAGACCCUCAUGCCAAAUUGAGUCAAAAGCUUUUUUGAAAUCAACAAAGCAUGAGAAGACUUUGCCUUUGUUUUGGUUUGUUUGUUUGUCAAUUAGGGUGUGCAGGGUGAAUACGUGGUCUGUCGUACGGUAAUUUGGUAAAAAGCCAAUUUGAUAUUUGCUCAGUACAUUGUUUUCACUGAGGAAAUGAACUAGUCUGCUGUUAAUGAUAAUGCAAAGGAUUUUCCCAAGGUUGCUGUUGACGCAUAUCCCACGGUAGUUAUUGGGGUCAAAUUUGUCUCCACUUUUGUGGAUUGGGGUGAUCAGUCCUUGGUUCCAAAUAUUGGGGAAAAUGCCAGAGCUAAGGAUGAUGUUAAAGAGUUUAAGUAUAGCUAAUUGAAAUUUGGGGUCUGUAUAUUUUAUCAUUUCAUUGAGGAUACCAUCAACACCACAGGACUUUUUGGGUUGGAGGGUUUGUAUUUUGUCCUGUAGUUCAUUCAAUGUAAUUGGAGAAUCCAGUGGGUUCUGGUAGUCUUUAAUAGUUGAUUCUAAGAUUUGCAUUUGAUCAUGUAUAUUUUUUUGCUGUUUGUUCUCUGUUAUAGGGCCAAAAAGAUUGGAGAAGUGGUUUACCCAUACAUCUCCGUUUUGGAUAGAUAGCUCUUCGUGUUGUUGUUUGUUUAGUGUUUUCCAAUUUUCCCAGAAGUGGUUAGAGUCUAUGGAUUCUUCAAUUACAUUGAGCUGAUUUCUGACAUGCUGUUCCUUCUUUUUUCGUAGUGUAUUUCUGUAUUGUUUUAGUGAUUCACCAUAGUGAAGGCGUAGGCUCAGGUUUUCUGGGUCUCUAUGUUUUUGGUUGGAUAGGUUUCUCAAUUUCUUUCUUAGGUUUUUGCAUUCUUCAUCAAACCAUUCUUCAUCAAACCAUCAAACCAUCUUCAUCAAACCACUGUGUCUCUCUCUCUCUGUCUCUCUCUCUCUCUCUCUCUCUCUCUCUCUCUCUCUCUCUCUCUCUCUCUCUCUCCUUGUGUGUCUUUGCUACUGAAACCUGCCAACGCUGUGUCACAGUUUAACAGUAUUAAACCAAUUAGAGACAAAUCCCUGUGCUAAAGUUGUCACAUUAAACUUUGUUAAAUAACUCUGUGUCUAAUACCUAACUCUUUUGGCCUCCAGAAAGUAUUUCACUUUGCAUUUUACGACAGUGAAAGGGGAUUGAGUGUGAAUGUGCGAGCGAGUGAGUGUUUGUGUUGCAGUGUGGGUGCUACUGUGAGUUGAGUCGAUUGCCUGGGGAAGGCAAUGCCUACUUACACAGUGUUUAGUUGUAGUUGUCAUGUAAGCCUACAAAUUGGUUUCACUUGGAGAGUGCUGAAGUGUAUCUGAUGUCCAGGUAUGCCUCCUGGGGAUUUGAAAGGGGAUUCAGCCAACUUGUCUAAGAUACUCCUGUGUGCGUUUCACUUAAGAUGUUGGAGCUCAUGUGUUCCCCUUCUAAAGUGCUAAUUCAACCCUCCACUGAGUCCUUGGCAUUUACAGUAACUACUGUUGGCAAAGUUGUAUUAUUCAUAAUAUGCUAAGUCCGUGCUUGUGUCAACAAAGAUGUGCAGCUCCUCCACCUAAAACCUAGACCAGGGGUGGACAACCCUCCUGGAGAGUUUCUGGGUGCACCCUACCCAUCUCUCCCCCUUACCUCCACCCCCUUCAGCCUCCCAUCCACACCUUACCUGCCACCCUACCCAUCUCUCCCCCUUACCUCCACCCCCUUCAGCCUCCCAUCCACACCUUACCUGCCACCCUACCCCUCCAACGUCCCUCCACCCCCUUCAGCCUCCCAUCCACACCUUACCUGCCACCCUACCCCUCCAACGUCCCUCCACCACCCCUCUAACCUCCUUUCCAUUCCCCUCUCACCUCCCCUAACUCUCUCUCCCUCCCCUCUCUCCAGGCCAAGGAGCCUAAAGCCGUGAUCAAGGUGGACUCUAUCAACGCAGCCUUCCAGCCAGAGAAGAUAGGUAACCCCAACGGACUACAGAUCACCUACCUAAAAGACUACAUCACCAGAAACAUCUUCCUCUACCACGACAACGGCAAG